ACAAACCCUAGGUCUUAUUAUUAAUACACAACAGAUCAGUUCUACAACAAGCGGCGGCGGCGGCUGAGAAAAUGCAGAUCUUCGUGAAGACAUUGACGGGGAAAACCAUCACGCUCGAGGUUGAAUCGAGCGAUACCAUCGACAAUGUCAAGGCUAAGAUCCAAGACAAAGAAGGAAUUCCACCGGACCAGCAGCGGUUGAUUUUCGCCGGAAAACAACUCGAGGAUGGAAGGACUCUUGCGGAUUAUAAUAUUCAGAAAGAGUCUACACUUCAUUUGGUGUUGAGGCUUCGUGGUGGGAUUAUUGAACCGUCUUUGAUGGCUUUGGCGAGAAAGUAUAACCAGGAUAAAACUAUCUGCCGCAAAUGUUAUGCUCGUCUCCAUCCACGUGCUGUUAACUGCAGGAAGAAGAAGUGUGGGCACAGCAACCAGUUGAGGCCAAAGAAGAAGAUCAAGUAGAUGAUGAUGAUGAUGUUGUUAUGGUACUUUGUUUUGAAGGUUGUUUAAGGUUGUAAGGAUGGUGCUUACAUUUUAACACCAUUUUUGAAUUUGAAUGUUAUGUUUUAGACUUAAAAUUUAUGAUUUGUGAUUUUGAUAAGCUAUUGCGGUUUUCUUAUAUGUUUUAGUGAUCUUUACA